AUGGAUAUUGGAUGGAUGUGCACAACUACACUCUACAAAUAAUGCAUAUAUAAUUGAGCCUAAAAGCUAAAAAGCACAAUUUCAAGCACUAAUUUUUGUCGUUGCGCUGACGAGAUAGCUAGGAAAUCGAGCAAGAGUCGGGAAGAGGGAUACCGCUGAUUCAUUCAAUCCCUCUCUUUGAAAACCCAAAAACCCUAGAUUCAGUUAUCCUCUAUUUGUGUUUAUUUUUUCCUAUUCAGAUUCACAAUUUGAACAAUUUUUAGGAUAGGAAGCAGUUUUUCUUGAGGAAAUCAAUACAAAAAUGAGCAGCAGGAAGGAGGAGGAGCGAAAUGAGAAAAUUAUAAGGGGUUUAAUGAAACUUCCCCCUAAUCGAAGAUGCAUCAACUGCAACAGCUUGGGACCUCAAUACGUGUGCACAAAUUUUUGGACGUUCAUUUGCAUGACAUGUAGUGGGAUACACCGUGAGUUCACUCACCGAGUUAAAUCUGUGUCAAUGUCCAAAUUCACUUCACAAGAAGUGGAAGCCCUUCAAGAAGGUGGUAAUCAGCGUGCAAGGGAAACAUUUCUUAAAGAUUGGGACCCACGAGAGCAAAGACUCCCAGAUAACAGCAAUGUGGAGAAAGUUAGAGAGUUUAUAAAGAGUGUGUAUGUGGAUAAGAAAUUUUUCGCUUCAAAGGCCUCUGGAAAACCUCCUAGAGAUACACUGAGCCUUAGAAACCAUGAAGAUGAAACAAGAAGAGCUAGUUCAUAUCAUUCUUACUCUCAAAGUCCACCAUAUGAUUAUCAAUAUGAAGAACGGCGUUAUGGGAAACAGGCUCCUGCACUUACUAAAAAGCCUGGAUCAGAUAGAGGAAUGUUAAGGUUUUUGAGCACCAGUCGUUUAAGUGAUCAUGGGCAAGAGGAUAGUUUUGCUAAUGAGGUGGCUAAUGCUCGGGUAUCAGAUUAUUCAGGGAGUAGUGGAGCUGACCCGUUUAGAUCUGGUACCCAAUCGCCUCCCUAUCAGAAGGAACUUGGAUUCAGUAGUCUCAGUAGAGAAAUGUCAAGAGAUAAUUUAACUGAAGAUGUUCAGCAGCAGUCUUCAGUCAACACAUUCUCCAGUCCAAAUGCUAAAGGAGAAUCAGAUCAGAAACCUGGUCCUUCAGGCACCACAUCUACAGCUUCAGCUGAAUUUGGAAAGUUUGAUGGUCUGGACCUAUUUAGUGCACCAUAUGCACCUCCAUCCCAAUCCACCACAACAUCUGCUGAAUCUGAAAAGUUUGGUGGUUUAGACCUUUUUAGUGCACCAUAUCCAUAUGCACCUCAAUCAACCACACCUGCUCCUGCGAUUGCUCCUUCAGUCAUUGACCUAUUUGACUUUUCAGCUUCAACUUUGUCCAUAAAUAAUAAUACUUCAAGUGUAAAUCAGCAGUUCCAACCUUUUGACCCCUCAGCUUUGGAUUUAUUUACUGUUGUGCCACAACAGCAGACAACCACCCUGAAAGUGAAAGAUAUAGAAAAUGAGGGAUGGGCCACAUUUGACAUGCCUUGGCAUGCACAACCUGCUAAAAAUUCAACCACCAUUGUGCCGGAAACUUCUACAAGUGAAGGGUCUUUUGGGAAAUUUGACCAACCUCCAUCUAAUUCUAUGGACAAAAACUCUCAAUGGUCAUUUCAUCAAGACUUUGGUGUUGAUGAUACUGCGAUCCCACUUGGAGUUGGGGCUCAGAAUAAUCAGCAGUCAUCAUGGAGUUCAUUUCAAGAGUCUAAUACACCUUUUCAAGAUCCUUUACCUGUUGAUCCGUAUUUGGCAUGGGGGAUAUCAGAGAAUAUGAAGAUGAAACAAGCUGAUGUGGAUGCCAGACCUGCUUCUUUUCUUAACACAACACCACAUGUCAUUGGAUCAUUAGACUCUUCAAAUCAACUCCCUGUCCUGGAUGCAGCACAAUCACAUGGAAUUGAUACAAAAUCUCGCAAUCCGUUUGAUUUUCCUAGUGAUGAUGAUCUUGAAGCUAGCAACAUGUUCUUGGACAUGAGCUCUUUGCAAUCUAGUCUGCCAAAUCAUAAUUGGUUUCCUGAAAGUGCAGCACCAGGCAUGCAGAUUCCGAACAUUCAAGCUCAGGGACCUGUGGCUUCAAUUGGUGGUGGGAAUCCGUUUGGAUAGGGUCUAUUCUUUUGUGAUUUUGUUUACAUGGUUAUGUUAAAAAUUGUUAUUCUUGUUUCCUUGUAAAAAUAAGGUGUGUUUGGGUUUAAUGGUAUUUGGCAAUUUUAAAGCAGUUGGUAGGUGGCAUGCAUGUAUAAUCUUUUUAAGGAAGGAAUGCUAGUUUAUUCGUAAUAAAAACACAGGAUUUUGAACGAGUCA